UUCAUAAAUUCCCCCCGCCUCCAUAAUGAGCCUGCGCAGUGGGCUCCCUUAGCGGCUCAUUUCCUGACUGGUAUGUUCUGGUACCAAUUCUUCUGGCAGGUCAAGAAGCUGAGCCUUAGGGAACAGAAACGAUCAUCUUAUCGGUCCCUUUCUUCUCCCUAAAUCCUCCCCCUCCCACUCCCAUUCCCUUCUCCUUCCUCGACAGUUCUCAAAAUCUUCGGCUGCUACAUCUGCCCGUCACUCCCCAGCCUGGCGUGCACCACCAUCCUAACAUGGGCUUCCUUCUACGCAGGGGCACCCAGCACCAGGGAUAGGUAACAGCACCCCGCGCAUUGAAAACCGCGCAUGCGUAGGCAGAGGAGCGCCACUGAGGGAAUGAGAAACGCUAUAAGCCCACUGCGCAUGUGUACAAAGAGGUUUUGCUUUGUUAAAGGCUACAAACAGCCAGACGGUUCAGACAUUGGAAUGGAAGGCAAGUGCUGUAGUCAACCUGGACCACAGAUUACAUCAGUGGCUUCCACAACCCUUCUGGGGGCCAUGUUUGUGGCUUUAAGUUCAAGUCGUAUUCUGUUGAUGAAAUUCUCAGCCAAUGAAGAGAAUAAAUAUGAUUAUCUUCCUACAACUGUCAACAUGUGUUCAGAACUUGUAAAGCUGAUCUUUUGUGUAACUGUGGCAAUCUGGGCCGUGAAGAAAGAGGGCAAUCAGUGUAAAGUUUUUGGAUGUGCUUCUUGGAGAGAACUCUGCCAUUAUAUGAAGUGGUCCAUUCCUGCCUUCCUUUACUUUCUGGAUAACCUGAUUGUCUUCUAUGUCCUGUCUUAUCUUCAGCCUGUCAUGGCUGUGCUCUUCUCAAAUUUUAGCAUUAUAACAACAGCUCUUCUAUUCAGGAUAGUGCUAAAGCGACGUCUCACCUGGAUACAGUGGGCUUCUCUGCUGAUUCUUUUUUUGUCAAUUGUGGCCCUGACUGCAGGGACUGAAAAUACACACUUGGCAAGACAUGGAUUUCAUCAUGAUGCAUUUCUCAGCUCAUCCAACUCUUGCUUCCUCCUCACAAGGCCACCCAGCGAGUGCCAUGGAAAUGACAAUUGCACAGCAAAGCAUUGGACUCUGCCUGAAGUCAAAUGGAAUACCACAGCCAAGACUUUCAGUCAUAUCCGCCUGGGCCUGGGUCACAUGCUUGUGAUAGUUCAGUGUUUUAUUUCCUCAAUGGCCAACAUCUAUAAUGAAAAGAUAUUCAAGGAAGGGGAACAGCUCAAUGAAAAUAUCUUCAUACAAAAUAGCAAACUCUAUGCUUUUGGAGUGUUUUUCAAUGGACUGACUCUAAGCCUUCAGACCAGUAACCGUGGCCAGAUGGAGAAUUGUGGGAUUUUUUAUGGCCACAAUGCAUUUUCAGUAGCACUUAUUUUUGUCACUGCUUUCCAGGGUCUCUCAGUAGCUUUCAUUUUGAAAUUCCUGGAUAAUAUGUUCCAUGUUCUGAUGGCCCAAAUCACAACAGUGAUUAUCACAACAAUAUCUGUCUUGGUUUUUGACUUCAAACCAUCUUUGGAGUUCUUUUUGGAAGCCCCAACAGUCCUUCUUUCUAUAUUUAUUUAUAACUGUAGUAAAUCUAGAAGCCUAGAAUAUGCACCUUUGCAAGAGAGGACCAAAGAUCUAAGUGGCAAUCUCUGGGAACGGUCAAGUGGGGAUGGAGAAGAACUGGAACUUCUGACUAAACCCAGCAGUGACAAUGAAUCAGAAGAUGAUGGUUUCUAGUUGGGACCCAAAGCAAGUGACAGUUCUCAAGAAUCAACGGUUAAUUUGGAAUGUUUUUUUCUUCACUUUGAACUUUUUCACUUUUUACUUUAGUACAGAAUACCACUCCAAGACCAGAGGCUCAAGGAAAUGACUAUGGUAUUGAGGCACAGUAGCACUUACACUUUACAAUUCAAUGUUUAAUUUUUACAGGGUAUCCUCAAAGUGCCAAAAAAUAUACAGUAUACACUUAGCUAGCCCUCUAAAUUUAUAGGAAAAACUCAUGUCAGUCCAUCAAGGAUCUAUAAUUUCAUUAGUGUGGCAAUUCCUUCCACCAAUACAAAUCAUAACCUGUCUCUAGCUUAUAGUUCAGAAUUUCCUAAGGUUCAGAGAAGUUGGGAUUCACAGGGAUUAGAGGCCUUGCCAAAAAUGAACCUCAUAGCUUUCCUGCCCCCAGGGCAUAAGUCUUUAUCUAUAUAUAGAUAUAAAUAUUACCUAAGUAACUCCCUUAUAUUUUGAGGAUAUGGCGAUUUACUUUUCUCUUAAGGACAUGGGGACCCUUAAUCAAAUUUUUGUUUAAGGAAUCCAAAUUGCUGAUGACUCAGCAGUCUGUGAGACUUGUAUGUUAUUUUCUUUUGCCAAAGAAUUUUUUUUUUCUAAAACCAAAUGUCCAAAUUUGAAUUUUAUGGGAUUCAUGAGCAAUACGUUUUUAGUGAUUGUUGUAUAAAUUUUUUAAGCAAAUAACAAUUUAAAUGAAAGUGAAAUUUCCAGAUUGCCAUCGUUGCCACUUAUACCCAAUAGUUUAUUCAUUGGAACAAAAUGGAGUUUAUGUCUCCAUUUAAAAAAAAUCUCAAGUUCAUUAUUUUUAAUACAAUUAAAUUUCAAUGAAUAUUAAUAUGUUUGUGAAUCAUUAAGCAGAGUUUGUGACUGGUUUGAGUGUCUGCAUCCUGUAGCAUUUUUUCCUGAAAGUUGAGGGUUGAUUCCAAGCUAGAACAGUGUGAAUGCAGGCCUGAUGCCUGAAUGGGAGCUCCUCAUGUGGAGGACUUUGAAAACAAGUACUGGUAUUGUAUAGAUAUGAACUAAUUAUUUUAAAACAGGAAGACUUAAUAAAUAAAGCAUUUUAUAAUAAUUGGUAUCACUUUCAUACUUUUUCAGUGUUUUCACAUAUAUUAACUUAUUGAAAUAAUAAUGGUUACUUAUUAAUUGAACAAUAAUUAAAUAAUAGAACUAUACAAUAGACAGGAUGGGUAGACUUUUUUGCAUUUUACCAGUUAAGAAAUUGAGCCAAAGAGAAGGAAACUUACCCAAGCUCACAUAACAGUAUGAUAGAGCUGACACUAGAACUCAAGUCUCUUAGUCACUGAUCAGUGUCAUUUCCAGUGUGUCACAUUGUGGUACAACAAG